AUGUUGGUCUUCGCCUAGCGUGCAUUGAAGCGGAGAUGGGCAAUAUCGCUGCUAUCAGAGGUGCUUGUCGUGCAUUGGAAAACGUCUGCAAUGCAUCAUAUGGAAACUACAGAUCAAUUUCAGUUUCAAGUUCAUACGCUUCAACAUUUCGCAUUGAUCCAUUUGAUCAAAAUGAGAGUCACUUUGAAAAGAUUCUCAUUGCCAAUCGAGGAGAAAUUGCCUGCAGGGUGAUCAAAACAGCAAAAGAAAUGGGUAUCAAGACUGUAGCUGUUUAUUCUAUGGUAGAUAAUAACGCGCGUCAUGUUCACUUGGCUGACGAAGCCGUCUGCAUAGGACCUGCAGUGACUAGAGAGUCGUAUCUCAAUAUUGAUCACAUCAUGGAAGCUGUUACAAAAACAGGUGCUCAAGCUGUUCAUCCUGGAUACGGAUUUCUUUCUGAAAAUGCAGUUUUUGUUGAAAAGUUGGAAGCUGCAGGAAUUUCUUUCAUUGGCCCUUCAGUAGAAUCAAUCAAUGGAAUGGGGGACAAAUUGGAAUCUAAAAGAUUGGCUCAAGCUGCAGGGGUGAACACUAUUCCAGGUUUUGAUGGCAUAGUUAAAGAUGCAGAUCACUGCGUCCAGAUUUCAAAAUCAAUUGGUUACCCUGUUAUGAUCAAAGCAUCUGCUGGGGGUGGAGGUAAAGGAAUGAGAAUUGCAAGAAAUGAUGAUGAUGCAAGGGAUGGUUUUAGAUUAGCUUCUCAAGAAGCUGCUGCAAGUUUUGGAGAUGAUAGGAUUCUUGUUGAAAAAUUCAUUGACAAGCCAAGACAUAUAGAAAUCCAGGUUCUAGGAGAUAAACAUGGUAAUGCUAUAUACUUAAAUGAGAGGGAAUGUAGUAUCCAGAGGCGAAAUCAAAAAGUCAUUGAAGAAGCACCAAGUACUUUUGUAGAUGAAGAAACAAGGAAAGCAAUGGGAGAACAAGCAGUGUCUUUGUGCAAACGCCUUGGUUACUACUCAGCAGGCACAGUUGAAUUCUUGGUGGAUUCUCAACAUAACUUCUACUUUUUGGAAAUGAACACGAGGUUGCAAGUUGAACAUCCCGUUACAGAGUAUAUUACAGGGGUUGACCUGGUUCAUCAGAUGAUUCGUGUAGCAAAAGGUCAUCCUUUGCUCUUAACGCAAAAGGAUAUUCCAAUAAAAGGUUGGGCAAUAGAGAGUAGAGUGUAUUCAGAGGAUCCUUACAAAAAUUUUGGUCUUCCAUCUAUUGGCAGAUUAUACAAAUACAUCGAACCACUACAUAUACCAAACGUACGCUGUGACAGUGGCAUAGAUGAAGGUAGUGAAAUAAGUAUAUACUAUGAUCCAAUGAUAUGUAAACUUGUAUGCUAUGGAAACACAAGAAAUGAAGCGAUCGAUACAAGUCUUAAGGCACUAGACUCAUACGUCAUAAGAGGCGUAACACACAACAUUCCGUUGUUACGAGACAUCUUGACAGAAAAAAAAUUUGUUAAUGGAAACAUCUCAACAAAUUACCUAUCUGAAGUGUAUCCAGAUGGUUUCAAAGGAAGACAGCUCAGUAAUACAGACAAACAGCACAUCUUAGCAAUUGCAGCUUGCGUGUAUUCCAAGAUGGAUAUCAGAUCAUACAAAUUUCUGAAUGAAAGACCGUCAACAGCAAAACACAAAGAUCCAUCUAACUGGGCACUCAUUAUCUCUCUCUUUGAUGAAGAGCUACUCUGUAAUGUCAAGAAAGUAGGGAAUGAAUUCAGAGUUCAAAUUAAAACUGAUACCAUUGUUGUAGAAGAUAAUAUAAACCUUUCCAGUCCUCUUAUUCAGACAAACAUCAGUGGAAAACCAACAGUAAUGCAGCUUGUAUCGAAGAACGCGUAUGGAAAAUUACAAAUUGUGUACCAAGGAACAAUGUUCACUCUUACUGUUCUGUCUGAUAAUGCAAGUAAAUUUUUAAAAAUGAUGCCAGAGAAGCCGAAGGUGGAUGUAUCGAAGGUGGUAUUUUCACCAAUGCCAGGAAUGGUGAAAUCAGUCUCUUGCGAAGUUGGAGACACAAUAGCCGAAGGACAAGAAGUCUGUGUUGUUGAGGCUAUGAAAAUGCAGAAUUCAUUGGUGGUUGGUGCAACUGGCAAAGUGAAAGCUGUAAAUGUGAAAGCAGGAGACACCGUUGGAGAAGAUGAUGUUCUGAUUGAGUUUGAAUAAUACUUCAGAGAUAAACAGAAGCUUCUGUACUGGCAAGAAAUACUCUUUAAGAUGCGCCAUUGCGAGGUGUUGGUGGAAAAAUGAGCGUAAGGUGGUCCUGUUUAGAUAUGGCUGGAGUAUUCCCUCUUCACAGGGUUCCCAACCAAGACAAAAUUCAAAAUAACAGUAACUAGGAAUAAAAUAUGUUAAUUACAAUUAAUUAAUUUUAAAUUUGGCUUAUAUGAUCUGACAGUAGCUUGGACUGCUGUUCAUCGUCAUUGGAGGAUACGCAACCAUUUUCUACUAACACGUAACAUUGUCAAACCAGCACCUUUUUUUAUGCAGAAACUUUUAUGGAAGUGUUUUACUGCUUUCGCUUUUCUCUUUCUAAACAAAAUGUGUACUUUUUCAGUAUUCUGAAGAUAUACUUCUCAUCGAAACAUUUGAAAAGUAUUCUGUACCUCCAAUAAGUGAAAUCUGAAUACCAGUAUCUCUUCCUUCUAGAAUAAGAUCACUGGGAUGAUCUUUUGAUGCAUUUAACCAUAAACAUUUUAACCUGUUGUCGGAGAUUUAAGUCUAAUAAAUAGUCGGUACGUACUAAAUUGCCAUCUGCCUGGAGAAAGAAUAGUAGAUAGCUUAUUUUCUCGCAUUUAAGUCUGUUGUUUUUACUUCUACAGAGAAUGUAACAACCUCUGUAUUAAUGGUAGAGCCAUCCUCUGGAAUACACAUAACAAAGAUUAACCCUUAAAUAUGUGUUAAAUGCUACAGUAUUUUUCCAUUAGUAUGCUAAGUUGAAAUGUACCAUGUGCAGUUACCUAGAUGCAAAUAUACGACUUGUUUUGUGUUUCUGCACCCCCUUUA